AUGUCCCACAUCACCCUCUCCCUCCUCCUCUCCCUAACAGAACUAACCCUCUCCCACCUCUUCCUCCCCACCUUCCCCAUCCCUCCUUCUUACCUCCUCCCCCUUUUCCUCGCGCAUUACCUCCCCUUGAUAAUCUACUCCCUCUUCCUCCACCCCUUUUAUUUCUCCCCGUUACGCACCCUCCCCACACCUGGGGGAAACCUCCCCCUGCUAGGCCAAACCCUCACCCUCCUCCGCGCAACCUCCCCCGUGCAAACAUACGUUGAUUGGGCCAACCGUUACCCACGUGCCCCGUUUAUCCGGUUUUUGGGUCUGUUCCAUUCAGAGAUGGUACUAGUUGCCAGUCCGGAGGCGCACAAGGAGGUGUUGAUGACGCACUGUUAUGAGUUUAAGAAGCCGGAUAUCAUGUUUAUUGGGGAUUUUGUCGGGAGGGGGUUGUUGUUUGCUGAGGGAGGGGAGCAUAAGAUUGCGAGGAGGAGGUUGAAUGGAGUUUUUGGGGUUGGUAGUGUGAGGAGGGUCAUGGGGGUGCUUUGGGGGAUGGCGGGGGGGUUGGGGGGGGUUGUGGAGGGGAUGGUAGGGGAGGAAGGGGAGGGGGUGGUUGAUGUGAAUGAGCUUUAUGUCAAGGCUACUAUUGAUGUGACCGGAGCGACGAUUUUGGGGGUUGAGUUGGGGAAUUUGAGGGGGGAGGAAGAAGGGGGGGAUAUGGACUUUCUCACCUCCUUCCGCCGCGUCUUCCAGCAGCCCCCGCUUUCCGCCCUCAUCUCCUUCAUCAACCUCUUCCUCCCCAUCCGCCGCUUCCUCCCCAUGGAGGCCAACCUAGGCUACCUCCGCGCCUCGGCACAACUCCGCCGGAUGACCCUCGACAUUGUCAAGAACCGCGUCAAAGAACUGGCUCAACCGGACUAUCGCAACCCUGUCAGCAACGGAGCUGACUUGCUCACGAUGAUGCUAGAGGGGGAGAUGUCCCUCAGCAAAGCCGGCGACAAAAUGACAGAAGACCAAAUCACGAACGAGCUGCUGACCUUCAUCGCGGCGGGGCAUGAGACCUCGGCUAAUGCCCUCCUGUGGGCGAGCUAUGUCUUGGCUGUCCACCCUGACAUACAGACGCGUCUCCGCAGGGAAAUCACAUCCCAUUUCGAGGCUGGCAAAACCCCGACUUAUGAGCAGCUGGAGUCGCUUGUUUAUCUCCACAACUUUUGCAGGGAAAUCCUCAGGCGGUAUUGUCCUGCGUUGAUGACGUUUAGGGAGGCACUGAAAGAUCUUACCAUUUGUGGCACUUUUAUCCCAAGGGGCACCGUACUUCUUCUCCUCCCGGCGGUGGCCUCACGGACGGCCUGGGUUUGGGGGGAGGAUGUUGACGAGUUCAAGCCGGAGAGGUGGGAGAAUUUGGCAGGGACGGAGGCGGACAGCCCUUAUGCUUUUGGGGCGUUUAUGCAUGGGCCAAGGAUAUGCAUAGGGAAGCAGUUUGCCAUGGUUGAGUUCAAGGUUUUGGUUGUGGAGCUGGUGACCAGGUUUGAGUUUGGGAUGACGGAGGAGUUGAAGGGGCUUGGGGGGAGGGAGCCGAGGACGACGAACCCGGGGAUGGGGUAUGUUCCUGCUGGGGGGAUGAGGGUUCAGUUUAGGAAGAUUUGAUUCUUUUUUGGGGUGUUGAAUCGAAUAUUUUGUAUCACCCCAUGGACGGCAUUACCGGUGACUUUGGGGGUUACAUGAACAUUUGGAGUCUGAUUUGGACACCGGUUGUCAAGUUGAGCACUUAUUUCUAGAAAAAAUUUCCAUUUAUGAUACUGUGCAAGCUGAGAAAAGAGAAGAAAAGCUGUGAGAAUACCUAG